GAAAUAAACUUCCCCCCGCUUCCCGCCCGCUCAAACGGCCAUUGUUUUUCGAGUUUCAUCCGCAGCCACAGUGCAAAAUAGGUUUAUCAAUUUAAUUUAAGUGUUAAAGUAGUUGUAAAGUGUCGUUUUAAGUCGCGCCCAGACCAGCGCAUGCCCCGCCAGCGAAUGCGCCACACUGAUGUCCUUGUAGGUGGAACGGGACACGAGUUUUCAUUGAUGUGAUUUUUAGGUUUACGUCUCUCGCCAAAUUACGAAAAUACAUCAACGGAAGAAGUUGCAGCUGCACUCGAGGAAUCCAUAAGCAGAUCCAAGAUGCAACACAACGUACAUGCCGCUCGACCAGCGCCACACAUUCGUGCUGCCCACCAUCACAGCCACAGCCACACCCACAACCACAGUCACGGUCAUGGCCACAUGCAGCUGCACCCGGGCAUGGAGCAGCACUUGGCGCCGCAGGGACCACACCGCGAUCAUCAUCAUGCACGCUUGAAUCAUCUCCACAUUCAACAGCAACAGCAGCAACAGCAACAGCAGCAGCAGCAGCCGACGCCGACGAAUCCCGCUGCUGGGGCUGCCUAUCAUCACGGCAACACUUCCGGCAACAGCAACACCACCAGCAACACCACCAACACCAAUCAGAUGCAAAAGAUUCGUCAGCAACACCAGCAUCUGAGCAAUAGCAACGGACACCUUGGUAGCCAGCCGCCUCAGGGCUACAGUCACAAUCACCUGGCUGCCAACCCGGCUGCCCUGGCCUACAACCAACUUCCGCCCCAUCACCACCCGCCGCCACCGCCGCCUCACCACAUGGCUGCCCAUCUGGGCAGCUAUGCCGCUCCUCCGCCCCACUACUAUAUGAGCCAGGCCAAGCCCUCGAAGUACGGACACUACGCCAGCAAUGGCGCCACCAACUCCAUCAGUAACAGCAGCGGGGGCAGCUAUGCUCCCAAAGCCAUUCUCCAGAAUACGUUCAGGAACACCGCCAAGAUGGCACCACCACCAGUGGCUGCCCCUCCAGUUCAUCCAGAAGCAGCCGAACCCCCGGUUCCAGUUAACAGCAGUAUCAGCCACCCGAGCAACUCUAGCAGCACCACCAAGGUCAAUGAUCCCCCAUUGGAGGAAGACACUCUACUCGAAACGGAGACCGCAGAGGACUCUCCUCCCUCGUUGGACGGCUGCAGCAGCACCGAGCAUAUAGAUGCCACAGGCACAAUACACAACGAAGACACUAGCAGUUCCGCACGGGGCGCCAAGGACAAGACGCCCAUGUGCCUGGUCAACGAGCUGGCCAGGUACAACAAGAUCACACACCAGUACAGACUGACAGGGGAACGAGGACCGGCGCACUGCAAGACCUUCACGGUCACAUUGAAGCUGGGCGAGGAGGAGUACUCGGCGGAUGGGUUUAAGAUCAAGAAGGCGCAGCACUUGGCCGCCAGCAAGGCCAUCGAGGAGACCAAGUACAAGCAUCCGCCGCCCAAGAUCCGACGCAGCGAUGAGGGCAGCAGCACGCGAACCCACAUCACGCCCACAGUGGAGCUCAAUGCCCUGGCCAUGAAACUGUGCCAGCGCACCUACUAUCUGCUGGAUCCAACGCAGAUCCCGCCCGCGGAUCCUGUACUCUUGCCGGAGUACGGUGCGACACCGCUACUGCCGACGCCGGGUCCUGGAAUGCCGCCACAGGCCCCGCCGCCGGCAUAUGCUUUGCGGCAAAGGCAUGGCAACGGAUUCGUGCCCAUACCCUCGCCGCCAAUGCAUCCUCAUGGCUUCUACCAUGGGCCUGGACAGCGACCGUUUCCCCCGAAAUUCCCCUCGCGCUUCGCCCUGCCGCCACCGCUGGGCGCUCACAUGUUGCACGGCCCGAAUGGACCGUUCCCUCCUCUGCCGACAGUUCCCAGCAAGAUCACACUGUUUGUGGGCAAGCAGAAGUUCGUGGGCAUCGGGCGAACUCUGCAGCAGGCCAAGCACGAUGCGGCUGCCAGGGCACUGCAGGUGCUCAAGACCCAGGCGAACUCGGUUUCCGAGGAGGCCCUCGACGAUUCGAUGGACGAAGGCGACAAGAAGUCGCCCAUUUCGCAGGUCCAUGAAAUCGGAAUCAAGCGGAGUAUGACCGUGCACUUCAAGGUCCUGCGAGAGGAGGGCCCGGCGCACAUGAAAAACUUCAUAACGGCCUGCAUCGUGGGCUCCAUCGUCACCGAGGGCGAGGGCAAUGGCAAGAAGCUUUCCAAGAAGCGUGCCGCCGAGAAGAUGCUCAUCGAGCUACAAAAACUGCCGCCACUAACGCCUACCAAACAGACUCCGCUCAAGCGGAUCAAGGUGAAAACUUCAGGUAAAACCGCCGGAGCAGCUCCAGGAGUUGCAUCAACAGGUACACCCGGAGCAACAGCCACUGGACCCGAAGUGGCUGCCCUGGCGGUCAAGACGGAGAGACGUAAGCGCCUGAAUGUGGCCAUCAAGGAGAAGACAGUGGAGUUGGACGAUGCAGAGAAUCCCAUCACGAAGGUGAUUCAAUUGCAGCAGAUGCGCAAGGAGAAGGAGCCCAUCUUCGAGCUAAUAGCCAAGAAUGGAAACGAAACAUCCAGACGACGCGAAUUCGUCAUGGAGGUGACGGCCAGUGGCAGUACAGCCCGGGGAACAGGCAACAGCAAGAAAUUGGCCAAGAGGAACGCGGCCCAGGCUCUUUUGGAACUUCUGGAGGCUGCCGACCACACUCCCAGCAACGAAACCCAGCCAACCGGCGAGGGCAGCUCCCCGGCCACGGUGUCGGUGGUCACAGCGCCAUCAAUGGAAUCGAAUGCAGGCGGCGAGGUGCCCAUGAUCUCCACGCCUGCAGGACCCAUGCCUGGCAUUCUAAUAUUGCGACAAAACAAGAAACCAGCGAAAAAGAAGGACCAAGUUCUGACUGCCAAGGCCAAUACGGAUUCAAAGGAGGAGGAGACCAAGAAGGAAACGCCUCCGGCCGCAGAGGAUACCAGCAGCAACAAUAACAACAGCAGCAGCAGUAGCAGUAGCAGCAGCAGCAGCACUAGUAGUGUUAGUGGCCGCAACGAUUCCCAAGCCACUGAGGCAGCCAGUGAGAGUGUGUUGAAUACUUCAAGUGGCAGCAACACAAGCGGUGUGAGCAGCAACAGCAGCAAUGCCAGUGCCCCCACCGCCAGCAGCAGUGCCGGAAAUGCUCAGAGUGCCGGAGUUCACAUGAAGGAGGAGCUAUUGUACCUCAGCAAGCUGCUGGAAUUCGAGGUCAACUUCUCCGACUAUCCGAAGGGCAAUCACAACGAGUUCCUGACCAUUGUGACCCUCUCCACGAAUCCGCCACAGAUCUGUCAUGGGGUGGGCAAGAGCUCCGAUGAAUCGCAGAAUGAUGCGGCCCGGAAUGCUCUGAAGAUCCUCAGUGAACUGGGCCUCAACAAUGCCAAGAAAUAAUCAUAGAUAGGUGUUGAAAGACCCCGAAAAAAAUGAACUCCUAUUAACUGCAAUUUUUGUUAUUGCACAUAUGCAAGAGAAAAGCAAAGCAAAAACCCGUCCACAAAAGCAAACCUUAAACAAAAUCCAAAAACCAAGCUGUGUGCAAAUUCAAAAAGAAAAAAAGAAGAAAAACUAAAAAAAUACGUGAAAAAUAAGUGAAACAAUCGAAGAAGAUACAGUACUUUUUGAAAUAGCAAAUUAUUAGUUAAUACCUAUUUAUUUAUUUAUGUGCAAGUUGUGCAAAACUGGUGUUAUUAUUUUAUUUAUUUGUUGUUGAGAAUUGAUUAUCGAAUCGAACUGAAAAUGUAAUCGAAAUCGAACACUGAACACUGAACAGAGCCCCGAAAACGUUAAUCCAAAUCGAGAAUCGAACAAUAACUAGCCUUAAAACAUUGCCCCUCAAAACAAAAUACUGAUUACAGAUUGCAGAUGAUAAGUUUUGCAGUAGACACAUGCAUAAGAUUUAAGAUUAAAGCUGAUAUGUUGAAAAGCUCAAUAACCACUUGAAUUGAAUUGAUGAACAAAGGACUAUUGAUACCUCUUAGCUGCAUGCGGCGAACGCUUUCAAAAAUAAAUACAAAAUUUCUUAGCACCCGAUAUGGAGUGCUGGACAAAAUUUGUAGAAUCGAGUCAGAGUCGAGUCAGAAUCAGAAUCAGAGCCAGAGUCAGAGUCAGAGUUAGAGGAGAACUUGAACAAAUUUUUGAUUUAUUUUUCAAAGCAACACUACUAUUAACCGCUUGUGGUCGAUUGCUUGAUGAAACUCGUCGAAUAAUGAAUCUAUUAUACAUAUAUUAUAUUAAGUGUUAAGCUUAAGCAUCGGCGACUGUCGAGAAUGUCAAACUGCACACACCAUGCCACUGUCAGUUGGCCAAAAAUAUCCAGCAAAGAUUUCGGAAAUAGAGAUGACCCUAAAAUUUUGCUAGAAUUUGCAGCUGGACAGGACAUGAGAGUUGAGGCAGGCUGAUAGAUAACGCUGAAACUUACAUAAUAAAAUACAAUUUACAUAAUCGUUAUAAUUAUAAUUAUAAAUGUUUAAAAAGCCAUUUUUGUAAAUGUUCAGCUUUUGGCAAGAGUAUAUGGUAGCUAAAAGCUGAACAUCCUUAUGAAUAAUGAAUCGUGUUGUUUAAUCUACUAUGUUUUGUCCCCAAUUUACAUAUAUUUGUUUGUUUAUUUUUGUACCGUUUUAUCUUAGCUAUGUUUCUUCCAAACAUCCUCCUAUACACAUAUAUAUAUAUCUAUAUAUUUAUUUAUAUUAUAUAUAUACGAUGAAAUCGAAAUUUCAGUACAAUAGUUUUUAAAUGCUUUUCGCCCGUUGCAAGUCGCCAGUCGUCCCUUAAACAGCACCAGUUGAUUAAGCGUUAAGUUGCAUUAUGUAAAAUGUAUUUUGUCUAAGCAAUCGCGUCGGCAACAAUGUGCAUGAUUCGCGUUUUGCGAUUAAAUAUAUCCUAAGUGUAAGCCCCAAGCGAAUUGUUACCGUUGAACAAAUUGAAAGUCAUACCCAGUAUUAAAUGUAUAGAUAAGGGCAAUAACAAUCAGAAAAAAACAUUAGAAGACCCCCAAGAAAUAUUAGACACUCACAUCGUGCACAUUGUUUGCUUCAAACAAAAGCUGUUCAUUUUGUUAGAAGAUUUUGCAGACUCUAUGAAUGAGAAUGAGUAGCUAGGGCGGCGUUUGCUUUGCAAAAUCUUCACAAAAUUGAUUGAAAUUAUUAAUUUUAAAGUGAGAUAUUUAUUCACACAACAACAAGAGAACAGAGCGUGUAGAUCUUUUAAAAAAAAAACACCAAAUAAAGGCAUAGGAAGUAAAGAAUGCGCAUUAGGAGAGAACACAUUUAUUAGUCUUAAGCCCCACCAAACCCCCACAACACAGUCACUCAUUUAGUUUUGUCUUUAUCUGUAACGUGACAUAAAUACAUCCAUGUUAUAUAUCGUAAACAUUAUAAUACUAUACCACAAACAAAAUCAACCUAUAAUGAAACUAUGUAAAAUGUAAUUAUACAAAUAAAAAGUGAAAUAAAGUUGAA